AAAUCUUUGACUGAGGAUUGUUGGAUCUGCAGGGACAGUCGAGCUGUGACCCUCCAGCUUGCAGGACUGUGUUUAGGAGAAGCAGCAGCUGCAGCCUCUGAAUCCCUGUCUGACAAACAUCUGAGAGGAUCCUUUCACUGACAGCUGCAGAGACUCUCCCGCCUCCCUGGACGCUGCACUGUAAAGGCGUUUUUUUUUUUUUUUCAACCUUCGGAUGUCUGCAGGUCCAGCCUGAGGAUGGAGAAGUACGAGAAGAUCGGAAAGAUCGGAGAGGGCUCCUACGGCGUCGUCUUCAAGUGCAGGAACAAAGACACGGGGCAGAUCGUCGCCAUCAAGAAGUUUGUGGAGUCCGAAGACGAUCCCAUCAUCAGAAAGAUUGCACUGAGGGAGAUCAGGAUGCUCAAACAACUGAAACACGCCAACCUGGUCAAUCUGAUCGAAGUGUUUCGACGUAAACGGAAGCUUCACCUCGUGUUCGAGUACUGUGACCACACGGUCCUCAACGAGCUGGACCGCCAUCCCAGAGGAGUUCCUGAGCAGCUUGUAAAAAGUAUAACCUGGCAAACGCUUCAAGCUGUCAACUUCUGUCACAAACAAAAUUGUAUUCACAGAGACGUCAAGCCGGAGAAUAUUCUCAUCACCAAACACCAAGUCAUCAAACUCUGCGACUUCGGGUUCGCGAGGAUUCUCACCGGACCUUGUGACUACUACACAGACUACGUGGCCACCCGUUGGUACCGGGCCCCCGAGCUGCUGGUGGGGGACACUCAGUACGGCCCUCCGGUGGACGUUUGGGCCAUCGGCUGCGUGUUUGCCGAGCUGCUGUCGGGGAUUCCUCUGUGGCCCGGGAAGUCUGACAUGGACCAGCUGUACCUGAUCAGAAAGACUCUCGGAGAUCUGAUCCCUCGACAUCAGCAGGUUUUCAGCAACAACCAGUUCUUCAGCGGAGUUUCCAUCCCAGAGCCUCAAGACAUGGAACCUCUGGAGCAAAAAUAUCCAAUUCUCUCACACCAAGCUCUGAGUCUCAUGAAGGGUUGUCUGAGGAUGGACCCGUCCGAGCGGCUGACAUGCGAGCAGCUCCUCCAGCAUCCGUACUUCGACAGCCUGCGAGAAAAGAGCGAGAGCACUUCUCGAGAGCAGGAACGCUCCAGCAACAAGAGGACACGUUUACCUCGCAAACACCUCCCUCCCGGGUAUUUGCCACAACUAACUGGCAGCAGCAUCUUUCCAGCUCUGGAUAAUAAGAAGUACUACAACAACCUGCGCAAGUUCAACUAUCACCUACCAAACAUCUAAACAUGCUGCUCCUGAUAUCUGAAGUUAAACCCUGAACACCAUCAACAAACAGGGUUAUCUGAAAAAAAAACAACAACAACAACUCAGGAAAUGAAGCAGAUUCUGGUGGCACCUUGCGUUUUGAAGCAUUCAAGAGGAUUUGGUUGGUUUUUAAAAUGUUUGUUUUUUCACAUGGGGUGUACCGGGUGUCUCUUGAUAUUGAUGUAAGUCUAUGCACUAUUCCCAACAUGUCCACUCAGACAUGCUGGUUUAUGUAUGUUGCCUACAUUUCAAGCUGAUUUUGUUGUAUUUUUGUAUAGAUGUGUAAAGACAAAGAGCAAUGAGCUGCUCUGCUCUCUGAGUGACUGAAGGUAAAACUGCAACGUGCUGCCUUGUCUGGUUUGCCAAAUGUUUUAUAUAUAUAUAUAUAUAUAUACAUAUAUAUACUGAUGGACUCUGUAAGAGUGACAUGUUUUUGGUAGUGAGUU